AUGGUGUCUCUCGAAGCAGUUCAAAAGAGCAACUCUGUAUUGAAGGAGUACGGCCCCAACCUGGUGGCAGUCUUCGUCGGUGGCACCAGUGGCAUUGGCGAAUCCACCGCCCGUGCUUUUGUGGGAUCUACUGUGUCUCCGCGUGUUUAUCUCGUUGGACGCAGUGAGAGUCGAGCCUCUCAGAUCAUCAAGGAUCUCCGUGCCCUAAACCCAGAUGGACAGAUCAAUUUCAUCAAGGGAGAUGUGUCGAGUCUGAAGGAGGUCGAUCAGGCUUGUAAGACCAUUCAGGCAAAGGAGGACAAGAUCAAUUUACUGGUCCUGAGUGCUGGAAUCUUGACUAUGAAAGGGCGUGAUGAAACUGAUGAAGGGCUGGACAACAAACUCAGUCUUCAUUAUUAUUCUCGCAUGCGGUUCUUACAUAACCUGCUACCUCAACUAACAAACGCUGCCAACGCCGGAGGCACAUCUCCUGGUACGGGCAGCAAUUUAUCGCGAGUGCUUUCGAUACUCGAUGGUCGCGGCAAUGCACCCUUGAUUCUGAAUGACUUGUCAUUGAAGAAUAACUAUUCCUUGCGCAACUGCGCCAAUCAUGCCAUUACCAUGACAUCGGUGUCUAUGGAAGAGCUUGCCUCCUCGCAUCCGUUGACAUCCUUUGUUCACACAUACCCAGGCAUUGUGAAGACGAGCCUGAUGCGCGAUAAUGGGAUUUUGACUAGGACUGCGAUGAGCGCUUUGAUGGUCUUGUUCUCGCCGAUGACUGUUCCAUUGCAGGAAAGUGGAAAGAGGCAUCUUUAUGCUGGGACCAGCCCGGUUUUUGCACCAAAGGGUGUGGAGGCUGGUAGUGAUACUGCAAUUGGCUCGGAUGGGGUCCGAGGUUCUGGGGCUUACUUGGUUGAUUCGGACUCGGCGACUGUUGCUAAUCAGGGGGUCUUGCAGGGAUAUCGUGAGGAUGGGACUAGGGGAUUGGUCUGGAAACAUACUUUGGAUGUUUUCAAGGGAAUUUGCGGUGAUGCUUAG